UAUGCAUGGGCUGAGGCGAAUCAGCAAGUGUCCGGCGAGUCCAAGCACCCCAGCCACUGUCAUCCUUUGCUGACACUUUCUGCCCCUAAACAACAGCCUAUCUGGUGUCGUUGGUGAGCUGAUCAAGCACGGGGCCCCAGUCAACCUGCCAGGCCGGGAUGGGGUGUCGCCACUUGCCGCAGUCUUCGCUUACAGCGGGAGCUGCUGCCCUCCCAUCCUAAGAUUCGCCGCAUGCAAACCACGUCGCUCCUUGGGGCAAAGCCCCCCCUCAGAGCCAUGGUCCCAUCCCCCUUUGACCCGUAUGAGGGUGGAUGUCCCGAGCUAAGGGCUUGCGUUAACCUCCUGGUGCAGAAUGGUGCCGAUGUAAACCAAGCGGACGCCAGGGGAAAUGCGCCCCUCCCCCGCCUUUGUACGGCCUAUUGUUUCAGAGGAAAUCUUCUCCCACCCUCAGAGUCGCUGCUGUGGAUUACCCCGGUGGACAAAAGCCAGAUAGUGCCCCUGCUGCUUGAGCGCGGCGUGAACCCGGAAGCCAAGAUGAUACCCGUGAAUCGAUCAGCCGAACAUGCGGGGAAACCAGCUCACCUUGCAGAGUUUCCGCAUGCUGCGGGAUGAUCGUAAGGUAAAUAUCAGGCAUGAGAGGGGAGGGUGCAACAGGAAGCGGAGUGUGGCCGCGAGCACUGGGAGGAAUGAGGAAGUUGAACAGGGCAUAAAAGGCGAUCAAAAAAAAAAAAAAAAAAAAAAAAAAAAAAAAUGGAUGCGCCUGAACCCGAAGUCGAAGAUGGGGUGUGGGCGGCCAGUGGCUGAUAUGGGUAAAGCUACCCGCGAGGGAUUAGGGACUCUCAGGUAUAAGUUUGAGAUAACCGCACGCUUCAACCACCUACCGCUGCGCCAUCCGGAUUGUGUUGAAUAUGUGAUUCUGAAACGGAGACUAUAGCCCCGCAGCAGCAAAGC